UUGUGACAGUAUAUAAAAGACAAAGGUUGCACCCUCUUCUACAGUGUCCUGGCUCUGCACGCUCCUGGGAGAAAGCUUCACUCAGUACUAUGGGCAUUGGCUUGGGAUCAUCCUGGCUCCUGGGAGACCUCGCCAGCAUCCUCCAGACCGCAGUUCUGCUGGGCCUGGUCCUACUGCUGCUGAAGGGUGGUCAGUUGUACUGGCACAGGCAGAGGCUACUUCGAACCUUCCAGAGCUUCCCAGGCGCUCCUGCCCACUGGUUCUAUGGGCACCACCUGGAGUUUCAGAAGAAAGAAGAAUUAAAGCUGAUGGUAUCCUGGGCACGGAAAUUCCCUUGUGCCUUCCCCCGAUGGUUCACUGGGUUUAUGGCCACUCUCCAAAUCUAUGACCCUGACUACAUGAAAGUUGUUCUGGGCAGAUCAGAUCCAAAAUCUAAUUUAAUCUACAGAUUCUUCAUCCCCUGGAUUGGGAGAGGGCUCCUGAUCUUGAAUGGGCCAACCUGGUUCCAGCAUCGGCGGCUGCUGACGCCUGCCUUCCAUUAUGACAUCCUGAAGUCCUAUGUGGUACUAAUGGCUGAGUCUGUCCGAGUGAUGCUGAAUAAAUGGGAAAAGCUCAUCAGCCAAGGCUCGAGCCUGGAGGUCUUUGAGCAUGUCAGCCUGAUGACCCUGGACACCAUCAUGAAAUGUGCCUUUAGCCAAAAGAGCAACUGCCAGACGGAGAGGAAUGCCGACUACUAUAUCCAGGCUGUGUGGGAACAGUCAGCCUUGAUAUUUGCUCGCCUUCGGUUUGCCCUCUAUCACAAUGAUUUCAUCUACUGGUUGACUCCCCAGGGCUACCAGGCUCGCCAGGCUGCUCGCCGGGCCCAUGAACACACAGAUAAAGUGAUUAGGAAGAGGAAGGAGCACCUGCAACAGGAAGGAACCUUGGAGGCAGUCUCGAAGAAACGACACUUGGAUUUCUUGGACAUCCUCCUCUAUGCCAGGAAAGAGAAUGGUGACAGCUUGUCGGAUGAGGAGCUGAGGGCUGAGGUGGACACUUUCAUGUUUGAGGGUCACGACACUACUGCCAGCGGCAUCUCCUGGCUUUUCUAUUCUCUUGCCAUGAAUCCUGAGCACCAGGAGAAAUGCCGAGAGGAGAUCAGGGGCAUCCUAGGAGAUGGGAAAUCCAUCACUUGGGAGCACUUGAGCCAGAUGCCAUAUACCACCAUGUGCAUCAAGGAAUCCUUCCGCCUCUAUCCUCCAGUACCAAACAUCUCCAGGGAGCUCAGCAAGCCCAUUACCUUCCCUGAUGGCCGCUCCCUACCUGCAGGAACAUCUGUCUCCCUUAACAUAUAUGCCCUUCACCACAAUCCCGCUGUGUGGCCGGAACCAGAGGUGUUUAAUCCUCUGCGGUUCUCGCCAGAGAACUCGGCCUUCCGGCACAGCCAUGCCUUCCUUCCCUUUUCUGCUGGUGCCAGGAACUGCAUCGGGCAGCAGUUUGCCAUGACUGAGGUCAAGGUGGCUGUGGCUCUGACCUUGCUCCACUUCCGCCUGGCACCUGAUGAUACUCAGCCCCCAGAGUUCAUCUCCAAGGUGGUCCUCAGGUCCAAAAAUGGGAUCUACCUGAAGCUGAAGAAGCUCUGAGGAGGCUGCCCUGAAGGAGGAAGAUGGCUGUCUUCCUCCCUCCCUGCAUUUUGACCCAGCCAGCUAGCCCUGCCCAGGCUCAUCUGGGGGGAAGAGAGCUUCAUCUACCUGUCCUACCUGAACUCUUGACCCAGUCAGCCAAUCAGCCCUGCUCAGACUCAGCUUCAAGGAGGCGGGGCUUCAUCUGCUUGUCCUCCACCCACUUUGACCCUCCCAGUCAGCCCUGCUUAGGCUCUGCUAUGGGGGAGGGAUGCUUCAUCUACCUGUAUUCUGUCCUUUAUUAUCUGUUUACCCACAAAUGUUUUUAUCUGGAAUAAAAAUUCAAUCACUCAG